AUGGCUGAAGAUGUGGCUGUGUCAGAAGACACCUUAAUACACAGUCUGACUCUUUUGGUAAACUGGAGCAAAGUCCUCCUGAAGGAAGCCAAAAAGGACGCAGAAGGUAUGACGACGUAAUGCGAGAGAUGCAUUAGUAAUAACGGACCUCAUUGAAAAUACUAUGCUUUUAUUGUGUUUUGUUGUCGGGGAAUAUUGACAUAUGUUAGGUUGUCCUUUUAAUGAUGCCUGAAUUUAUUUUAUGCUAUAUAGAAAUUCGGCAUAGAUAAAAUUUAAAGUUGCUCCUCAUUUUACGUUCUUAAAUGAUGAAAGAUGUCAACGUUAGUUCGUACUUAAAAGAGAAACUUGUAGAAUAAUAUAGAUAGCUCCUUAUUGUUGGUUACAGUUUUACUCCAAUCCGUGUUUUUAACUUAAAAUAUAUUCAUGCCGAAUUAAAAAUCACGUCUCUGAAACUUGUAUUUUUUAAUUUAAUAGCGUUUUAAAACAUUAGGUUUUUUAAUUAAGAAAAACAGCAUAAAAUAGACUUAAUCUUAUCGGGGUUCGUUGUGCCAUUCUGAUCGGAUGAAAAACCAGCAAACCCAGCUCAACAGCACUUUUUAAUGGCUGUAUGUGCAGAUAGACCAUGAAGUUACAUGUAAUAGAGAUAAAAUAUAGAAGUCUGCCUCUAAAUACUUCAAAUAUAACAUGUUUUUGUGGGUUGUAAAAGUAAAUCAGUGAAACCAAACUCCUAGAUUUAAAACCUGCUGGCAUGAGAGUGCUGUUAUUUAAUCCCUGUCAUGCCUAUUGCCAACACAAUGAUAUUGCACAAAUCCUUUCGACCAAUAACUGUGGCUCUUUGUUCCCCCACACAGGAUCCCUGGAGGAUUUUGUCCCACACAAAAUCAGCACUUUGUUUGGCUUGAUCACAGCCGGAGCAGACUUCUAUAAAAGGUACACCUGCCGAACUGCUUAAAGUUGGUGUCAGUUUCAUCCAAGUUUUGAUCAUUAUUCUUUUAUAACUGUGAAUUAUAUGAGAGUUUUAUUGCUGUGCUGUGCAGCCUUGGAGUGAAGAAAUUGAGUGAAGCAGAGGCGCUGUGGCAAAAGUCUUACCAGUGAGUAUCAGCAUAUAGAGACGGAAAUUAUUAUAAGAUUAAUAAACAUAUUCAUAGAUUAGUUUUAUUUAGCUAAAUCUGCAGGAAAAUAUGCUUAAAGUGUGGUUCAGCUAAGAUAGUGUGACAUGUUGAGUUUUGCCUCUUUAUAACGUUACAAAGCUCACCAAAUACCUCAGAGGUUGUUGCACCCUAGACAGCAAUGCCAGCUGUCACAGAUCCAGGCUUGGUAAUGAUAGUUAGUUAUAAUAAGAGCAUUAGUACAGAGCAAAAAGACAAAAUCCCUACAGUGAAAAAAAAGAUGUAUUUGUGUAUAUAAAUUUCUAUGAAUGUAUUUAUUUAUAGAACUUAAAUGUUUUGAAUUAACUUCGUUAUUUUCUCUCAGACAUGCAGGAGUGAGAGAGCAGGUGGAGGAGCUUCUGCAGCUGGAGGUCUGUACCUGGGAUGAGUUUUCUUAAAGAAUUAUGUACAGUUCUGCAGGUGGUAACCCAAACAUUGGUCAGACAAGCAUUACUUACGACUGAAGUGAAGAUAUCCAGGGGCCCACAAAAAGUCUGCUGGAGUUUUCUUCAAUUGUGCAUUUGUAUAUAAUUUUAUUAUUGAUUUUGUAUCAAGUUUGCUAUUGAACUGGGAUUAAUGUCUCUUAUGUGUGCAGACUGAGUGGGACUCCUUCCUUGAGGAUGUGGACAGAGGUCUGCAGACCACAGACAGACAGCUGUCUGGAAAGCAGACAGUAGACAGACUGAGCCCUGAUACUGAGCUCACCGAUGCACGCAGUGGAAAGUGAGUUCACAAUGUGAUCUUGAGUGUUUGUGAAGAGUGUUCAGACCCCUUUUGACUAGAUUUGGGCUGUAUCCAAAUUUUGGUAUCUUUAAACCUCCACCACAUUUACAUUAUUAAUGUGACUAAUUAAAAAUCACACUGCAGGGAUAAAGCAUCUUUGGUGAGCGCAACACCUUUAUCCUGUUAGUUUGUGUUGAAACAUGCUUUAAACUUAAAACACAACCCUGAAAGAGCUGGAUGAACACCACAAAAACUGGUAGGGUUGAAAAUGGGUUGGUCUCCCCAGGCACAGAUCCCAAUUUGUUUCACCUUUACCAAUAAGACAGAAAAUUUCCUGUGAUCCUGUUUCAUCAGAAUAUAAUAUUGAAUAUGGUGUCCCUCAGGGCAGCGUUUCAAUCCCACUUCUCUUUUCUCUUAACAUGCUCUCCUAGGGCAAAAUAAGUUGUCAUAAUAUUAACUAUAAUUUCUAUGUGAAUGAUACCUAGCUCUACAUCUCUGCACCUCUCCUCAAUGAUAUUAGCCUUUAGAGUUCCUGAUGUUGGACCAAAAACUGAGCAGCAAAGCAGUUUUUACCAGCCUGUCCUUUAAAAUCAGGGGGAAAUUAAAAUGUAAUGACUGAAUGUAAAAGUUCAACCAUUCGCUUUUACAUCUGAUCAGGUUUUGUUGUGUCAUUGUUGUUUCUGUGGUGCGUGUUCACAGGAGUGUGACUCUGGGCCAGUACCUGGGUCAGGGUCUGAACGUGCUGCUGGUUCUCAUCCGACAUUUUGGAUGACUGCCAUGACGAGACCACGUGGCCGAGCUGGAGGAGAGUCAGGUCAGUUUACCUUCAGUCUGACAGUAAUGCCUUAUUUAUGCUGAAAAAAACAACAUCCUUCAGUUUGUUCUAUCUGUUAUUGUGUGUGUACAUUAAUCUCAACAACUGCAGUCUGUGUUUGAUUGACAACAAUACUGUCAGCACUGUGCCUGCUGUAAACUCAGACCAGAUUUUUGCAUACAACAGAGGAUUCAGGACACACUGUUGGCUAAAAAAUACUUAGAUAUCAAGAAAAGUUGUAAAUUUAAGAGAAUAAAGCUGCAAUUUUACAAGAAUAAAAUCAUAACUACAAGAAUAAACUUAUGAAUUAGCAAGAAAAAAAUCAUAAAAUUAUACAAAAAGGUCAUAAAUUACACAAAAGGUCAUUGAAUUGCAAGGAGAAAAUGAUAUAUUUACAAUUAAUGACACUUUAUAAGAUUGAACUAUUCUCAAGUAGAGCUAUAAUUCUACAAUUUAAAUAUUCCUUUUUAAAUAACUGGUUUAAUGCUCAUUCUUCAACUUGUCUCAGUCUCUAGUCUUUUAGUUUUUUAUCUACUGUCUUGUGUCAGGGGGGUUCAGUUUUGCUUCUCUAACUCUGGUGAGGUGAUCAUCACAGAGCAGGACCAGGUGUGCGUGUGUGUGCGUGCGUGCGUGCGUGCGUGCGUGUGUGCCUGAUUGCCCUGAUUUGGAGCAGGUGGGGGAAGCGUAUAUGUACUCUUGAGCUCCAGCUCCCAGUACUGACUAUUGUCUCACCAUCACAUAGUGAGAGGUUAUGUGAAUGUUUCCAGUGUUUAAUGUCCAUAAAUUCAGAGUAGUAGUUUCUAGUCCUAGUUUUAUAACCCAGCUCUUUGUCUUUAACUUACCUGAUCAUUUAAGUUUUUUCCUUAUAAGGAGGGUCUCCUAUUUAGUUUCUGUUCAGCUGCUUGGCAGUGGUGGUCAUCCCUUGGGAUAACUUUCAGAACCCCUACCCCUGUCAGGCAAGUGUCUGCAAUUGUGUCAAAAUCCCUCCCGUUGUCACAAUCUCGUUUGGGUGAAUGUUUUCACAGUUUUUAUGUUUUUGAUGCGUUUUAUUGUUUUCUUACUGCUUACUGCAAAAAAUAAAUAAAUAAAUAAAUAAAUAGUAAGUAGUAUUUUUUAAGAAUAAAGCUGUAAGGGAAAAAAAAGUCAUUAAUUUGCAAGAACAAACUGAAACAUUUACGAAAUAAAAAGAGAAUAAUGACGAGAGUAACAGACUGAUAAGAUUAGCAUCUUUAUUUAAAAAAUUUACUAAGAUAAAUUGAAAUUUUACAAAAAAAGUUGUAUUUUUAUAAGAUAGAAGUUGUAGUUACAGGCUGUGUUAUAUGUAUGUAAAAUUACAUACAACAUGGUAUCUAAAGAGCUGCUGGCCACCUGCACUAAAAUGAAGAACAUGGAUCCAUGUCAUCGUCCUGUCAAGUUAAAUUCAGCAGCUGUUAUUUGGCUCUGCAUCUCUGUGCCCUGUUUAAACACAUUCACAUUCAGUAAGCUGAUUCUUGUAAAUGUGUGACUCUACUCUGGUAAAUUUACUUUUUCAGUCAGGUAACCAAACAACUUCCUUCUGUACCUACAGCCUUACUCUUGUAAAUUUACAACUCUAGUCUUAUAAACCUUGACUUUGAUUUCAUACAUUUACAACCGUCCUCGUAAAUUAUUACCUCUUGUGUUAAGAGAUUUGUGAAGAUCAUUUUGAGAUUAUUUCGUGGGGAUUGUGUUUAUUUGGAGAGGACAGGACAAAAGACAAGGCAGCAAACAGGGAGAGACCAACAGAACUGAACCCCUGUUCCCCAUAUGAGGCCUGACCUCUCUGUAGGAUCCAAGCGUAGGCCACUACACCAUCACCACCCCAUAAAAAAAAAAACUUCUACUUUGUAAAUAUAUGACUUAAAUCUCCCAAAUUUCUAACUUUAUUCUUGUAAAUAUCCAGUUUUGAUUUAAUAAAUUUACAAUCUUGUUUUUGUACAUUUGCAACUUUAACCCCUUAAGUGUAUGACUUUAAUCCUGUAAAUUAUUCUUAAAAAUGAACAAAUUUACUCAUGCAAAUAUAUGACUUUAUGACUAAGCAUUAACAUUUUUACAGCAUGCUUCAAAAAAUGCUUUAACAGAUCAGACAGAUCAUUGAGAAAUCAACUCUUAGUGUGAUGAUUUUGAGCAUAACAAGAUAAUAAAUGACACAAUCAGCGACUUUUAUUUUGUAAUCUUUACUGUCUUACACCCGUGUGAGGGGAUAGGCAUCAGUCCAAACAGCGUUAUUUUUAUCAUACUAACAUAAAAUAUUCACAAUAAAUGAUACACUUGACUGUCCAAAGUCAACAGGAUUAGAUUCUUUGUCAGAUAACACUUCUUGAGCAUGUAAAGGAGAAGAUAAGUAUAGACUUUUGUCCACAGGAGGGCACCAAAGUUGACACAAAAUAAUAGUUCCUCACUGGAGCUUUAAAUGUCUCUGUUUUUGGUCAUUUCUCUGCAGGCUCUCCUGGAUGCUCGGUCAGUGAAGGUCUUGGUGGUCUCUUUUGGAGGUUUGGAGGGGGCUAAACUGUGGAUGGAGCAGACUGGAUGUGCCUACGACAUGCUGCUGGAUCCACAAAGAAAGGUCAGAGUGGGAUUUAUCAGUUUGUUGACAUGAUGCUUCGCACUUUAUUUAACCUCUGAGGAAAGACUAAACCAAGAUUUAUUUAGAGGUAAGAAGGGUUAUUUAUGUAGUUGGCUUACACGGAUUAAAUCUUCCUGUACUGUUAUUUUGUCUUUCUACUCGAGUGAAGCGCAUUUUGGCAGGUGCAUGACAGUUCAAGUAGCGACUGUAAUUUUCAGCGCCUGUGACUCAGCAAAAAACACCCCAAGGGAAAGAGAGGUGGUUUGAGGAUGUGUCAUAAAUUUCUCAGUAAGCUGAGCCUCUAAACCUUCAUUCUGAAAAAGUCAACCAGCACAUGUGGGGUGGAAACAAGGACAAUCAACCGACUGUAAAAACUUUCCACACCCCACAAAGUCAAUCAUGACGUGUGUGUAAUGACCACGAUGAGGUCAUUCAGCAAGUACUUUCAUAAUGCUCAAUCCAAAGCGGAUGUUUUACUUUUCUCCUAAUACUCCUAAUAUAUUGCUCCUAAUACAGAAUUUGUCCUUCUUUCCACAGAUAUACAGGAGUUUUGGCCUCGGCUCGUCCUACGCUAAAGUGAUGAAAUUCCGCUGCCUUCUGCAGUACUCAGGGUACGGUGCUGUGGGUAUAGACUUCCCUGACGUCCCCCCUCGCCUCAUGGAGGAUCUCUAUCAGGUACAAAUAGCUGACAUGCUUAAACUGAGUUUGUUCUUGUGUAAUAGACUGAAGCAUUGACGUAAACCAGGGAAAAAUCUGCUGGAGCGGAUUAGGAUGUUUGGAGAGCCGGGGGUCAACACUAGCUGUUGGGAGCCUAGUGCACUGUGUUGACCAUUUCUUGAGCGUCAUACCUGCAAUUUAGUAGGUUAAGUCAGAUUUUGAAUUUCCAUAACGGGACACGGAAAUAAGCUCUAUAGAAAGGAGGACUAACUUCCCUAUCUCUCCUCAUAUUUCCUGGAUUUCUCAAGCUAUUGUAUCUGAUGGGAUAAAAGUCAAGGAAAUAAAAAAAAACGAAAUGUGGCUUUAAAAAGCACACGUAGUCGAUCCAAAGUCCCAAACAUUUAAACAUUAUGACUCUCAGGGGUAAGCCUAUCGUUAAUAAUCAACAAAUCUGAAGGAAUAUGACAGGCCAUGCCUUAUUCAGUACAAGCUCGAUCUUAUAAAACAAGCUUAAGAUUUGUGAUACAUCAGAGUCAGCAAGAUAACCAACAGUAUCAUCAGCAUAGAGAUAAUAAGUUACAGUGAGUUUAACACAUUUGCAAAUCAUCAAUGAAAAUACAAAAAUAAGUGGCCCUAAGCCGGCGCCUUGUGGAACACCUUUUUUUAACAACUGCGCUUGUCGAAAAGCAGAACUUUCUCGCCUCCCUGACACCUCCCCCUAUGCCUCCAGAAAUGCUGGACUCUGAACCCCCGCCCAACCCUUACUGGACACAUAGUAUUUGCUGUGUUGCUGCUGCUGCUGGUACAGAAUCACCUGGUUCUGUGUUUUGCUCCACUGUACAUUUUUUUUUUUGUGCUACAACUCCACAUGACACGUCACAUGAAUGCUAACUGUUCACAUGCUCUUUGUAUCAAAGACAUACUCCAGAUUGUAACCACCCCCUGCACUUUAGGUCAUGUGUCGAUAUGUACAGCAGAAAUCAUAUUUUCUGGUCAUUAGGUUUGCAAGUGUAUGUAUGGUGCAUGUGUACAGGAGUGUGUACAUAUACCCCUCUCCUACUGAAUAAUCCUCUUCUCUGUUUUUGAAUAUUUUUUAAAUUAUUCUCAGUAUUUUUGCACUGUGGGCUGGAGGAAAAUGAUUCCUGUGUGUGUACUCACAGUAAAUAACAAUUAAAAAAGCUUGAAAAUGAAACUAUUAAUUUUCAAGCUAAAACUAUUCAUUUAAACACAAUGGUGUCUGUUAAGAGGAUAGGUGUUGAACCAAAGCAGAUUAUUUUGAUUCAAACCAGUUGUAUGAAAAGCCUUAGUGAGAGCAGUAGAAAUUGCACCUCGGCCUGAGUCUCACUCCGAAAAAUAUUGAAUUUGAUAUUGAAUAUUAUUAUUAAUAUCAAUAUUAUUAUUGAAUAUUGAAUAUUGAACUAUUUGUCAUAUAUCUCACCACCAGUUAUGGAUUGCCGUGUAGUUGGUUGUUUAGCAUAAUUUAAUUUAGGAAUACGACUCAUGCAGAAUAAAAAAUACCUGAAAUUUUAUGUUUGAAGUCCUGAAUUUUACAUUCAGGCUUUUAUUUCCUCAUGUAAUUUUGCUCCUGCAGUGCAUACUUCUGUGUUAAGGUCAGGCCUGCACGCUAAAGUAAUACCAGGAAAAGGUUUGUUGUCACGAUCCUACAGACAUAACUACUGCCAGAUAAAACCAUUAAGGGUCUAAACAUUGUGAUUAUCAAACUGGUUUGGCAUUGACUGAGUGUGUGGGCUUUUCUUGCUGCUUUUUUAGAAUUUCCACGCCACCUACGUGAUAUGCUUGUUAUCUUCUUUCAGGCGUACUUUGGAUAUUAGGUAGUGCAGUGAUCCUGAGAAAAGUAGUUGUAAUAAUAUGUUGUUAUUUUUGCAGAUGGGAGGCGAUUUUCUGCUUGAUGGAACAGGGAAAGUUCUUCUCUCUCAUCCAUCUAAAAACCCUCAUGACCGUCCGAAUGUGGACAAGAUCCUGCAGGCCGUGAUGCUAGGAAAGCUGUAG